GUCACCCACAAGCCGGCUGCAAUAUAAGACCGCGUGCUCACUGCCAUCAUUUUCUUAUAAUCAGUCGAUUGAUCGAUGUGGAUCGAUAGUGAACCUUUGUGUCUUCCAAGCAACUUUCGCGGGGUCGAUUCUUCGAGGUCGAGUCGUGCAGAAUCUGAGCGCAUCCAUUGUAGAUUUGGCCGGCCAUAAUAGCCGGUGAAUACAGAAUAUACGUAGUUGUUUAACAAUUCCAUCUGAGCGAACGGAAGCAAAACCGAUUUGUAGCUUGUGAUCCUUGAAUUCAGGCACGCAAAGGAGUGCUGUGAAUUGAGGGUAGUGAGCAGUUGUGUGUUCGUUUUUGGCGACAAGGUGGAUCAAUCAAGUCACGAAAGAUGGGAAGAGGAACAAAGACUCCACCAGCCUCUCCAAAGGAGAAGCUUCGAAUCGGUAUCAACGGCUUCGGCCGCUUCGGUCGUUUGGUUGCUAGAGUCGCUCUAGAGAGUGACGACGUCGAAUUGGUCGCUGUCAAUGACCCUUUCAUUAGCACAGAUUACAUGGCUUACAUGUUCACAUUCGAUACGGUCCAUGGCCAGAAGCUCGCCAAGUCUGAUAUCUAUGCACAGGAUUCGCACACGCUUUCUUUUGCCGGCAAGAAGGUCGCCGUCUACGGACAGAAGGACCUUGCUAAGAUUCCGUGGAGUAAGCAUCGAGCAGACUACGUGGUUGAGUGCACGGGGAAUUACACUGACAAAGACAGAGCAUCAGCUCAUCUGAAAGGCGGAGCGAAGAAGGUGAUCAUCACAGGGUUCAGCAAGGAUGCGCCGACGUUUGUCGUGGGAGUGAACGAGCGUGAAUACAGACCCGAGCACAAUGUGGUGUCCAUGGGCGGUUGCACCACCAACUGCAUGACUCCCCUCAUGAAGGUGCUCCACGAGAGAUUCGGCGUGGCAGAAGCUUUGAUGACCACUGUGCACUCUCUCACAGCCACCAAGAAAUCCUUGGACGGUCCUUCGUUGAAGGAAUGGCGAAGUGGUGCCGCGGCGGGGUUCAACCUCAUCCCUAGCUCCACGACUGCGUCCAAGGCAAUCGGGCGCCUCAUCCCGACCUUGAACGGGAAGGUCCGCAGCAUUGCCUUCCGAGUUCCCACCCCAGAUGCUUCACUUGUCGAUUUGACCGUUAAACUCAAUAGACGAGUCCCAUACGAAGAAAUAUGUGCCGCAAUCAGAGAAGAGGCCGACGGGAAAAUGAAGGGCAUCUUGGGCUACAAUGACAAUGAUCCCGCCUCGUGUGAGUUUAUCGGCGAUAGCCGGUCCAGCAUUUUCGAUUCCAAAGCAGGAUUCGCUUUGGCCGAAAAUUUUGUGAAGCUCGUUGCGUGGUACGACAACGAGUGGGGUUACAGCCACCGGGUGCUGGAUCUCAUCAUGCACAUGUCAUCAGUGCAACAUUCUCGGUAUCAUUUUUGACAGGCGCUCUAAGGAAUCCUGCAGCGAUCAUCCUUUCUUUUGUAAAACAUAUAUUCACAAUAUCACCAAGACAGGUAGGACUUUCGGGAGCUAGAGAUUAGUGCAGCAAAGCUGCUUAGAUUGUACAUCAUUAGAUAGCUAGAGAAGACGAAGGUGUCCACCUCCGUGAUGGAGGGCAGAGAUGUCGCAAUUCUUAGAUUUUCAGUGAGCAUGUUGAGCUUAGUUUUGUAGAAACAAACUUUCCUAGAAUGCGUGAGAAGCAUAAAGAGUUGAGACGCGAUGACUUUCAAACUCGUCACCGAAAUCUUACUCGGUGGAAUGACAGAGUUCUUUUCUGAUACCAGAACUUUGAGACUGUUCGUAAUCAUAAACGUGGUUUCUGAA